AUGAUUUUUUUUUGUUGUUCACAUCUAUCUAUUUCUCUAUCUAUCUAUUUGGUGCAUCUUUUACUCGUUGAUAUUCUUGUUUUUCUUCUUCUCCUUCUCCUUCACAUUCUCCUCCUUUUUGUUAUUCUUCAUGUUAAUCCUCUUCUUGUCCUCCUUCUUGUUCUUCGUCGUCCUCUUCUUCUUCUUCUUCUAUUUCUUCUUCUUCUUCUCUUUCUCCUCUUCCUUGUUUUUCGUCUUCUUCUUCUCCUCCUCUUUCUUGUUUUUCGUCUUCUUCUUCUCCUCCUCUUUCUUGUUUUUCGUCUUCUUCUUCUUCUUCUUUUUUUUCUUCUUCUUCUCUUCCUCUUCUUUCUUUUUUUUCGUGUCCUUCUUCUUCUCCUCUUCCCCCUCUUUCUUGUUUUUCGUCUUCUCCUACUCUUCCCCGUCUUUCUUGUUUUUCGUCUUUUUCUUUCCUCUCCUCUUCUUUUUUGUUUUUCGUCUUCUUUUUCUUCUUUCUUGUGUGCUUCUUCUUUCUUGUUUUUCUUCUUCUUCUUCUUCUUUCUUGCUUUUCUUCUUCUUCUUCUUUCUUGUUUUUCUUCUUCUUCUUCCUCUUUCUUGUUUUUCUUCUUCUUCUUCCUCCUCUUUCUUGUUUUACGUCGUCUUCUCUUCCUCCUCUUCCUACUCUUUCUUGUUUUUCGUCUUCUUCUCCUCCUCCUCCUCUUUCUGUUUUUUCGUCUAAUUCUCCUCCUCCUGCUCUUUCUUGUUUUUCUUCUUGUUGUUUUUCGUUUUCUUCUUCCUCCUCUUUCUUGUUUUUCUUCUGCUUCCUCCUCCUCUUUCUUGUUCGUCUUCUUCUUCUUCCUCUUUCUUGUUCGUCUUCUUCUUCCUCUUUCUUGUUCGUCUUCUUCUUCCUUGUUCGUCUUCUUCUUCUUCUUCUUCUUCUUCUUCUUCUUCUUCCUUUGCAAUUUUAGCCCAUUUUGUUUUUUUUUAUUUAACAAAAAAUAUUCAUUCCCUUAUGUAACCUUCUUCUUUCUCCUCUUCUUCUUCCUUUUCUUCUUCCUUCUCUUCCUCUUCUUCGGUCUCUCUUUUGAUCUUGUUGUGGCUACUUUUGUUCUCAGAAUUUUAUCUAUAGAAUUUUAUCUAUAUGCCUAUCGUCGUCUUAUAUCUGUACUUAUGGUUGUUGUUCUUCAUUUACAUCUUCUUUUACUUCUUCCUUUCUUCUUCUUUUCAUCUUCUUCUUCAUCUCUGCCAUGCGCCAUUGUCGAAUUGAAAAAUAAUAAAGGUGUUUCAAAGCGGGCCAUCUGUUGUGCGCGCUGUUUUCAUUGCGCGUUUCCUGCUCUCCACAUCACAGUCACUUCCCCACAUCAUUAUCUCUCUAUCUAUCUAUCUAUCUAUCUAUCUAUCUAUCUAUCUAUUUAUCUAUCUAUCCUUCCUAAAUAA